AUGUCCAUGAGUGUCACCGAAACGGAGAGUGAUGAGAAGGCGAACAAGACGUACUGCUCGGGGGAUACUCGAGGAUUCAGAGGGAGAGAGGGGAAGACCGGCCCCACGGGACUGCGCGGCCCAAAGGAUCCUGGUGGACUUCGGGGAGUCAAAGGAGCUGACGGUGCUCGUGGAGAGAGAGGCGAAGUUGGCCCCGCCAGUCCUAAAGGGGAGAGAGUUGAAUUUGGUCCUGCCGGCUCCCUGGACCCCCAGGAUCGACAGGAACAAAAGGGUUCAGAGGAAUACCAGGUAAAAAGGGCAGCAUCGGGUUUAGAGGGUUCAGAGGAAUACAAGGAAAACAAGGAAGGCGCGGACCCGAGGGAGCGAAAGGAGAAACUGGUGCAAUUGGCCCUGGCCGUCAAGGAGAAAAGGGUGAUACAGGAUAUCGAGGAGAGACUGGCCCUCGCAGUUUCAGAGGAUCUAGAGGAAUUAAAUCGAGGAGAUCGAGGAGAGACUGGCCCCAUCGGACCUCAUGGGAUCAAAGGAGACAGAGGGACGGUUGGCCUGGAUGGCCCUCGUGGAGGAAGGGGAGACACAGGAGUCGCUGGACCUCGCGGAUUCAGAGGACCGAGAGGUGAAAUAGGAAGACCCGGUAUACCUGGACCGAUAGGAAAAGAGGGACUGAGAGGCAGCACUGGUCGCGUUGGCCCUUAA